UGUAACACCUCCUCUGUCCACCGGUCAGGUGUUUUGGAGAGGACACGUGCGUCUCCAUCCCGGACAUCAAGGCGGUGGUCAUGGUGCUGCCGCCCAGUGAACCCAGAAUCACCAUUUCAGGAUCCAAGCAGCUCGUCAGACCCGCCAGCGUCCUCCGCAGCCCGCUGGGCGUGGCGCCCUUCAAAGAGCUGCGGAUCACCAGCACGGUGAUGAAGAGCGACAGCUUUGGGGGAUUCCGCCGGCCAGGGGUGAUGGAGGUGAUGCACAACCUGGACUACUGUGAUGUGCUUGUAAUCGGAGACGAACUGGAACCAGAGAGAGAGAGCCUGGAGAUUCAGCACAGCGCUUUACUGGGAAAGCACCUCGAUGCCACCAACUCCACCUCUGGAAUAUCAAUAUAUGGUGUGGACUCCAUGGCCCACUAUGAGCAGGUCCUGAGGCAGCUGCGCUACAGGAACUGGAGACCCGCCUCUCUGACGGAGAGAAGGUUCAGACUUACCUGCUCCGAACUCAACGGACGCUACACCAGCAACGAGUUCAACCUGGAGAUCAGCGUCCUUCACCACACUGCGCCCAUGGAGCACGUCAAUCACAUGGCCGCCCAGUCCCAGUACAUGAGACCGGUCCAUCACCCGCUGAUGAUCCACACCCCGAACUCACACAUGUCAGGUCCAGCGCCCCCUGCAGCCACAGUUGUCAUUGUGGUGUGCAUCGCCGCCCUGGUGAUCAUCGUGGUGAUCGGGAUCUACAGGAUCCACGCCACGCACCAGGAGGGCUCCAGAGACGAGGAGGAUGAAAUCAAGGAUCCAGAGUCGGACUGGGAAGGCUCUGGGCUCAACAUCACCGUCAACCCCAUGGAGGACAUGAAAGGACCCCAGGCGCCGGGAGAAGCUGCGAGAGGAGAAGAAUGUGAGGAGGAGGAUGAAGAAGACGACGUUGAGCUGGUGGGAGGCAUGACGAUCGUUGAAUCAGACAGCAGCGAUGAAGACGAAGAGGAGGGGAACAAAGGAAGAGAAGAGGUUAACGGGAAGAAGCAGAAGGGGAAACCUGAGUGGGACAGUUCAUGUGGAACAUACUGAGCACACACACAGGAAUCCGUCUACACAAACACAGUGGCUUUAUCUUUCUCAACUGCAGACACACACACACGCAUACACUAUGCAGGCAUUAACACAUGCUUGUCACAUCUACACACACACACAUAAAUUGUCUGAUGAAAUAAAUUACAAUCUUUUGCUGGAAAAAUACAUAAAUUCUCCCAUAUUGUCGUUUUUGAAGUAAUAUCGCCCUCUUCUGGACAAAGUCAAACAUUAUACAGUUAGCUGCAGUGCCACAGUGCUGGAAGUCAUUAUCCGAGUGUUUGCCAUUAUUCCCGCCUCCGACAGUGAGGCAGAGCAUCCAUAAACACACAAAG